AUGGCGACCCCGAGAGUAUCGCGCACUCUAGCCCGCGGGUUCCAAUCGCGCAUUGGGGCUUCAUCUGCAAGAUGCUAUACUAUGUCACAUUUGUCUACGAGCAGUUGCAGGAAUUUUAACAAGAGGGUUCGAGAUAGUGGAUUGAUGAAUGCGGGAUUCUUUGAUCGAGAGUCGGUUCAACUUUCCAGACAAAUUCGAUCGUAUUCGCAGGAAUCAGAGACGAAAUCCAAAUACUACACUUUCGAAGAUAUCCAAACCCUCACCUCCUCUCCCCACCCCAACACCCACAUAAUCGAUGUCCGCACACCCCUCGAAAUCCAACAAACAGGACGGAUUCCCAGCGCGGUAAAUAUUUCUAUCACGACACAUCCGGAUGCGUUUAGUAUUAGUGAAGAGGAAUUUGAAGAUCGGUUUGGCUUUGAGAGACCGGGGAAGGAAGAGGAAUGUGUGUUUUAUUGUAAGGCGGGGGUGAGGUCGAGAGCGGCGGCCCAGAUUGCGAGGGGGAAUGGGUGGAGAAGUGUGGGUGAGUUUGAGGGGAGUUGGGGGGAGUGGAGUGAGAAGGGGGGAGCGGUGGAGAGGUGA